GGGGGUCGUUGCACUUCCAUACGCCUUUAUGGGAUGUUGUGUCCCCCCCCCCCCUCUAACUAGGUGUACACUGUGCUCGGUGGCCCCAGGGGACACCAUCUUUGCCGUCUCCUCCGGACACGGGCGCUGUGGGGUGGCCGUUAUCCGUACCAGCGGUCCCGGUAGUGGGGGGGCUUUACUCAGCCUUACCGGGAGCACCGAGUUGCCCCCCCCCCGCCUUAUGACCCUGAGGCGCAUCCGGGACCCCCACACCGCAGAGCUGCUGGACCGUGGGCUCGUUGUAUGGUUCCCAGGACCCCAAAGCUUCACCGGGGAGGACUGUGCUGAGCUUCACGUGCACGGUGGGCCUGCAGUGCUGAGCGGAGUGCUGCGGGCACUGGGGCGCCUCUCUGGGCUCCGUCCUGCUGAGCCGGGUGAGUUCACCCGCCGUGCUUUCCACCGGGGGAAGCUGGACCUGACGGCAGCCGAAGGGCUGCGGGAUCUCAUCCAUGCUGAGACUGAGGCACAGAGGCAACAGGCCCUGAGGCAGAUGGAGGGUGAGCUGGGCAGGCUGUACCAGCGGUGGGGUGAGACCCUCACCCAGGCUCUUGCUCAUAUUGAAGCAUACAUUGAUUUCAGUGAAGAUGACAAUGUAGAGGAAGAGGUGUUGUCCCAAGUGGAUGAAGCUGUGAGGGCACUGGAGCAGGAGAUCGCUGCCCACCUGCAGGAUGGGCGCCGGGGGGAGCUGCUGCGCUCGGGGGUCCACGCUGUCAUCGCCGGCCCCCCCAACGUGGGCAAGAGCAGCCUGCUCAACAUGCUGUGCCAGCGUCCAGCUGCCAUCGUGUCCCCCAUAGCGGGGACCACACGGGAUGUGGUGGAGGUGUCCCUGAAUGUCAGUGGUUACCCUGUGGUGCUGAGCGACACAGCGGGGCUGCGUGAUGCCACCGACCCCAUUGAACAGGAGGGAGUGAGCCGUGCUCGGGACCGCCUUCAACAUGCAGACUUAGUGCUGGCUGUGUUGGAUGCCACCACGGUACCCACUGAUCCAGCUGAGCUGGGGGCUGCUCUGGGCUCCCUGGUGCCCCCCAGCACCCCCUGCAUCCUGGUUCUCAACAAGGCCGACCUGCUGGGGGGGCACAAGGGGGCUCUAUGCGAUGCCUGCACCCACGGACCCCCACUGCCCCCCACCACCCUGCUGUCCUGCAAGACGGGCGAAGGCACCGACAGCCUCCUACAGCUGCUGGGGCAGCAGCUGGCACAGCUGUGUGGAGACCCCCUGGCUGGCUCACCCACCCUGACGCAGAGCAGGCACAGCACCCAGCUGCAUGGCUGCAUGGCUGCACUGGUGCUGUACAGGCAGCAGCAGGACGUGGGGAUGGCAGCCGAGCAGCUGCGCCUGGCACGGCGGCACCUGGGGCGCAUCACGGGGCACGUGGGGGCUGAGGACAUCCUUGAUGUCAUCUUCAGGGACUUCUGCAUUGGGAAGUGAUUGUUGGGGGGUCUGUUGGGGUAUUAAACCGUGGUGCCUUGGG